AUGAUAAGUCAGAUAAUAUAUAAGGAAAAUCUUUCUUUUCUAGAUUUCAAUUUGAUAUCUGUAUUAGCACAAAGGAUAGGAAAAAUAUUAUUCAUAUUCUUAUUUUUAAGCACCGAGACUAUCACGCAAAAUUUAUUCAGAUCUGGGAAAGAAUAUGUAUAUUCUUACAAUGUUACAUCGAGCACUGGUGUGUUAGUGCCUUCUAACGCAGCUUCUUCGUGGAAUCUUAAUGGAAAACUUGUAAUUCAAGCGGAAGAUAACUCUGUCACAGUACAGUUACAAUCAUUGAAGACGAACAUGCAUAAUGGCAAUGUAAAAGAAGUGAUAGAAGAUAUUAAUAUCUAUGAUGAUGCUGUAGAACUUUUGAAACCUUUCCGUUUAUCAUACAAUAAAGGGCUUAUCGAGAACUUCAACACUGAAACUGAGCCCGCAUGGACGACGAAUAUAAAACGAAGCAUAGCUGGAAUUUUACAACUGGAUCUUUUUAAUUUAGAAAAAACAGUCGCAUUUAAUUCUAGUGAAAUAAACCAUUAUGGAAAAUGUGAUGUUGAUUACAUUGUAAGUCAGGAAGGCGAUAGUCGUUUGAUAAGAAAAUCGUUUGAUCCGCGGAUGUGUAUUAGACAUCCGAAUCGCUACUGGUCGAACGUUCCUAAAAUACAAUGCACUGAUGAGGAUCAAAAUCCUAUCUUGAAAAGUAGCGAGAGAGUGUAUCAAUUAAAAACCGAUGGAUUCGUUCACAAUAUCAUCUCUGUAAAUACAUCUGGAAGUAUCUAUGUGCAGUCUUUUCAAAGUAUGGGAGAGGCGCAUUAUCAUUUUGUUCGACAAACUAUUGAGUUAGACUCAAUGAAGGAUAUAGCAAAUAAGAUAAUUACAAAUAAUUUACGAACUACAGUCCUUCGACACGAGCUACCGGAAGCAGAUCUCACACAGGGUAGAGGUACACCGGAUAAAAAUUUCGUUUUUGAAUCUAUAAGCCGUUUAUUAGAUCGUUUAAGCAACAGGCUCGAAAAUCCUGGUUUGGAUACCGAGAUUCAUAAUUUUCACAACACAACGAUAUCAGUGCUCCUCUAUUAUCUCGGUAUGUUAAAUCGGAUUGACUUAGAAAAGGCCUACACUCGUAUUUCAGGAACUAGUUAUAAAGAAGAAACGACACGAAAUAUGUUUCUCGAGGCGCUGUCGCAAGUUGGAAGUAGAGAAUCUGCGCUUUUUAUAUUAGAUCUUAUUCAAGGCAACAAAGUAUCCGACGUAUCUGCGAUUCAAUUACUCAUGCGACUACCAUUUCACAUAAAAAAGCCCGACGUUCAAUUGCUGGCCAGUCUCCAACCGCUUCUUACGCUGCCGAGCAAAAUCAGCGCGGAGGUGCAAAAUACCGCGAUUCUUACUUACGGAACAUUAAUAUACAAAACUUGUUCGGUGCAUUGUCCAUAUGAGAUGUUAGAUGAUUACGUACGCCUGUAUCUCGAUAAAUUUACUGGAACUACUCGGUACGAGCAGAAGAUGGUCUGGUUGGAAGGUUUGGCGAAUAUACAGCUGGGUAGAGUUGUUGAAUUCUUAGAGCCUAUAGCUAGCAGCAAUAAUGCUGAAUCGCGAAAUUUUCGAGUACUUGCGGCUUGGGCCUCUAUUCCCACAGCACCGUUGAGACCCGACGUUAUUUAUCCUGUAUAUUGGCCAAUUUUGCUCAAUAGAACCGAAUAUUUGGAGAUGAGGGUCGCUGCAUUAACUUUGCUUAUUGUUUCCAGUCCUACGCCGAACAGAUUGAUCUCUGUGUAUUGGUACAUGCAAAAUGAGCCUAAUCAACACUUGUAUAAUUAUUUUUAUACAAUGCUAAAAUCUAUGGAACGCACUACGUAUCCCUGUUACAGGCGCAUAAGCAAAAUCGCGGCCCAAUUCAGUCGCGUACUUCGGGUACCGAAUAAUAAAUAUAUGAUUACUGGUAAUUAUUUAGUUGAUUAUCAAGAUUCUUUGAGAAGAUUCGGUGCUAUGAUGCAUGGCAUUAUCAUAGCCAAUCCUUCUACGAAUAUUCCUGAAGUAAUAUACGUGACUUUAAGUAAUUAUGCUAGUGGAACGCACCUUAAUCACGUGUCUUUGUAUAUCAAAGCGGAGGGUAUUUUCCACUCAUUAGCGACUUCCUUUGAAAACCCGACAAACAUAAAAGAUAUUCUAAAAGAAUUCAAAGUGGAUGAACGCAAAAAAGGCUUUAUGCAUUUAGAAAUAAUUGCGCGUAUUCAAGAAAAGACAGUAUUGUGCGUUCAUUGGAAUGAAACGAACAUAAUUGAAGGGUUGAAGUACUUGUCCUCUUUACCGGAUAACAUAUAUCAAAUGUAUUAUAACAUGGAGUUUCACGUUAAUCAACAACGUAUAAAUGUGCCGUUGACAAUAGAAUCGGUGCAAGCAACCGAUUUUGGUACCAAUGUUAGACUCGCGAUGACGGGAACUUCUUUGUUUUCAAUGAGAGGUAAUUUUACACGCGAUUUUCCUGGACGGAACAAUCAUAUUGUUUUGCGCACAUCUAUUCACGGCAUUGAAACGAUAGAAAAUUAUAAUCCACUAGUUGAUUUAUGGCAUAGCGCUGAAAGAGUUCAGUCGUUACAUGGAUAUCUUCCUAUUAACAUUACACUUGGAUUAGACGAACGACCAUUCAUUUCGUACAACACCCUAGAAGAACAUCUUAAAACAGGAAUUACAGUACACGCUAGAACGCUCACGAGAAUUAAAGGUGCUAAUGUCCGAUCAAAGUUGAAUCGAGUUUGUCGUUCGUGCUCCGUGUCACAUACGGUUGUAAAAUCGCCGUCCUCUCAUCUGCAGACGAUGAAUAUUCUUAACGUUGGGCUUCCUGAGUUAGGUAGUUGGUUACAAGUAAAGAUAUUCGAUUGUGAAAACAUGAUGUCGUAUAAAACAUUAAUCAACGACAUUUGGUUCUCUCAUCGAAGCAAUUAUCAAACAUGGCCAAGUAUGAAACUUGUCUUAAUCGGAUUGCAUUUUUUGGAUUACUUCACUUUUGUGCCGCCAAAAGGUAGCUGUGGAUUAGCUACUUAUAUUGAAGCACUCAAAUCCGGACCGUCACAGACAAAAUUGGAAUACCUGAAAAGUGAAAAUCAUCACAUUUUAUCUUUAACGCACUACGACCUGCAGUCCUCGCAGGUUCUUCAUCAAUGGAAUCUAGCUGGAUUAUACGAAGCCACAAGUUGGUUAUCGGAUGUGAUCAAAUUUAAAGCAACCAAGAUUGUACCUAAUGAACAUGUAUUUAAGUUUUGCGUAGAGAUCGAAAGACACACGCCAUGGCAGUGGGAGAUUUUGAGUAACGAACCAAGUGGGUCCUCUCGCAUUAAAUUGAAUAUCAUUUGGGGAUUGUCAGAUACUGCAAAGGGCAAAUGCAGCGGAUCGUCUCUGUCUAUUAAUUUAAUUGGUGAAAUCAGUAGUAAGCAGCUCGAGGAAAGUAAGAGAACAAGCUGGCCGUUCGGCGAGUGCAGAAAAGAAUCUGCGGGGAAAAGAGUUGUUCCUUACACGAACUCUUGUUACGAGGUAUCGAAAGAAAUGUCAACCCUGCGAAAAUAUAAAAUCUUAGCGCAAUACGAAAACUUACCAGAGAGUUUGUCCAAACUAUUCUGGAAAUUAUAUGCCUUGUAUGAUCUUAUCGGUGGUAACAGCAGUACUGCAAGAAAAUCCGAUCAGUUUGCGAUAACAGCGAUUUUUCCGAAAGACUCGAAUGCCAGUGAAUUGCAACUUAACGGGGAUAAAGUUGCGAUCGAAUACGAUUCGUACUUCAUUGAUCUUUUCUUGACACGAACGAGAAUUCACAAGUAUAUGGAGAUACCUUUGUUCAAAAUGUUUUCUAGCGCAUGUAUUAUAACGUCAGAUUCUAUAAAAUCGGCAUAUAAUACAGUUUACAACUUCACUAAAAAUAGCGAAGUGAUAUUACUCGGACAAUGUUAUGAUGAGAAUCCUAGAUUUGUUUUAACGGCUGUCAAUGAUAUGUAUGGAAUCAGUGUCAAUUUAACUGAUGAAUCGGGUACGACACGAAUUAUGGCUGAUAAGGAUAGAGGAACCCUACAUAAUGCCACAUCAUACAUACAAUUGCAAUCUGACUACACAUUUCAUAAGCUAGGAACUAAGAAGAUUAAAACGGGCGACAAGGCAAUUGAUAUAUUGCUAUCUAAUAUUUUUCUGUAUAUGCACUGGACGCAGGAACAAGUUCUGAUGUUUUUCCCCAAUCAUGUACUGGAAUUUAGUUGUGGAAUAUGCACCCUCGAUCAUCCCAACAUCGACAGAUUAUACGAGAAACUCUAAUUUACUCAGUAAAGGAUGUACUACAUGCAUAUAAUGCAACGUAAUAUUAAUG